AUGGAUGAGAGCUGGUUGGAUUUCAUGAGCAGACCAGCGGUGGUUGAAACAUUCGUCGACUUAUUGCUAUGUUCAGUGCCGAUUUGGGUGGCGAUUAUGAUCGGGCUUGUGAUCGGUUGGUCGUGGCGGCCUCGGUGGACUAGUUUGGUGUUUCUUGGCUUCCGGUCAAAGCUACGGUUCGUAUGGACAGCGGUUCCGCCGGGGAUUGGCGUCGGGCGUCUCUGGUUCGCGUUGUCGGCUCUCUCGGCAUUUUCUGUUGGUCGAAGGCUUUGGUUCAGUUUCAUGGUCAGGAAGUGUAGGGAAUCCGGCGCGGCUUUGGCUCCGGAGUCGGUGGCGCCGGGUCAGUCGGUGGGGAGUGGUAGCGAAAUCGAGCCCAGUACUGGAAGUUCAGAGGCAAUUCAGUGUAUUGUUACACAGAAAGAUCUGGAACACCUACUUCAUCUUCUCGAUGGGAAGGAUGGGCAGAUGGUGUGGCAAAAUUUGAUGGAACACUCCACUUCAAACAUGACAUACCAAGCUUGGCGCCAUGAGCAGGUAGAAUUUGACCAUGAUUUUUGCUUUUCUAUAACAGAAUUUGCUGAGAAAGUGACAAUUGUUUUGAUAGCUUUUGCCAUUGACUUUGAUAUGAGCCCCAUAGUGUACCGUACCAGAACUGUCUUUGAGGAUGCAACUCCAGAGUUGGUUAGAGAUUUCUUCUGGGAUGAUGAGUUUCGACCUAAAUGGGAUACUAUGCUUGCAUACUUCAAAAUAUUGGAGGAAUGCCCUCAUACCGGGACAAUGACAACCCAUUGGAUAAAAAAGUUCCCGCUUUUAUGCAGUGAUCGAGAAUAUAUCAUUGGUCGAAGAAUAUGGGAAGCUGGAAAGGCAUACUACUGCGUGACCAAGGGGGUGCCAUAUCCGGCUUUGCAGAGACAAGACAAGCCUAGGCGUGUGGAUCGGUAUUUUUCAAGCUGGAUUAUAAAGCCUGUGCUAUCCUGUAAAGGAGACGGGCUCUUGUCUGCGUGCGAGGUGACCCUUGUCCAUCAUGAAGAUAUGGGGAUCCCCAAGGAUGUGGCUAAAUUGGGCGUCCGCCAUGGGAUGUGGGGAACUGUCAAGAAGUUGCAUGCCGGGUUCAGAGCAUAUCAGCAGGCAAGAAAGUUGGAGGCACCGUUAUCCCGAAGUGCGCUUUUGGCAAGAAUCACGACGAAGAUUCAGUCCAGUGAAACUGCUUAUUCUUUGGAGCCGGUGCCUACUGAGGAAGAGGAAGUUGAGGAAGAUGGAGAUCCCGAGAAACAUGGGGAUCAUGGGGGAAUUGAUUGGAAAUGGAUAGUUAUAGGUGGAACAGUGGCUCUGGUUUGUGGAUUCCAUACAGGAGUGAUAGGAAGGGCCUUGUUACUUGGAGCAGGGCAAAGAGUUGCUCGGAGAUAGAGAUGAGAUCUUCGGUAAGUACUAAAUAUGCGUACGAGGUCUAUUUUACAGAUCUGUGAGAACUUAUUAUAACUAUGAGAUUUUGGUAAUUACUUUUUAAAAAAUAAAAUAAAAGUCAUAUGCAAGUUUAAAAUAUUUCAUAAAAUGUUAAUCCGAAAUUUGAGGUUGUUGGGAGAUUUGGGAUGGAGAUCUUCUCUAUUACUUUUUUACACAAUUUUAUGCAAUAGGAAAUUACGCAUCGUGUAUUCACGUGAGAUUUAUUAUUUAUAUUUGUGCUCUUCACUCAUAUAUGGCGGGUGAUUUACCUUUGAGUGAAAUUGUGUGAAAAAGUAAUUGAGAGGAUCUAGAUCCGGGGAUAUGGGGUCAAAUGUUAGUAGGAGGCUUAUUCUACUAUGCGGAAAGUAGCUUUUGUUAUUCAAAGCUAUGUGACGAUCAGAUCACAAUGAAACAAUUGGUGAAUUCGGUUCACGGCAGAGGUUGGGUUGGAGUUACUUAUCUUUAUACCAGAGACUGGGCAAGACUGAAGAAACCGAAGGCCCAUUGUCGUAAACAAAACCUAUAGUUUGGAGUUCAUUUCACAGGGCACUAGGAAGAUGAUAUUGUUCAGAACUUGUAGUCACUCAGAUAUAUCAAUGACUUGUGGAAUAUGGUAACUGGUAUGAGGUUCGUAGGCUUAUUUUUUAGGUCUGUGACUUAUGUUGAGCUCGAAGCAUAAAACCCUAACAAGCGGAAUUAUCGAAAAAUUGUAAAUGUAGCAUUGUCCUCAUUUACUUAUUUGGUUGCUAUUUAUAAUUUUCUUA